UCGCACUAAUGUAAUAUUUUUUCGUAUGUAACACCUUGAACCUUUAUCGUCUUCGAGCGUGCCACGGCUUCUUGUGGCAGAAGGUCAAACCGGAAAUCGUCUUAUUAUUUCAACUAAUCCGCUGUUUUUUUCCCGCGAAGAAGCAAAGGUUUCUAUUCGGAUUUCCUUCGCGUCUUGACCUUGCCUUUCCUCUUUUCUUGCCGGGACGCAAGUUCGAAACCCUAGAUUGACUUGCUUCUUUGUCUCGUUUCUCUUGAUUCCUAUCUCCUCGUCAAUCUGUGUCAGGCAUUAACCGGCAGUAAUCUUUCGACUUGUCUAGUUCUUGUUAGCGAGUGAGAUUCUCGGUGUAUUUCUUUGAUUCCUUCUAUUGGAAAUAUGAAAAUGUCGAAGCUGGAGGAGCUAAUGCAGUCGAUUGAGCUGUGGCUUAGGAUUGUCAAGAAGCAGCAGCCCCUUGUGAAUCCAAAUCUUGAUCCGGUUCUUCUGGUUCCUGGAAUUGCUGGUUCGAUGCUUCAUGCAGUAGAUGCGGAUGGCAAUAACGAGAGAGUAUGGGUUCGGAUUUUUGGAGCUGACUCUGAGUUCAGGAAGAAACUCUGGUCGCGGUUUGAUCCCGCCACUGGGAAAACAGUUUCUAUUGACGACAAUAUAAAAAUUGUUGUUCCAGAAGACAGAUAUGGGCUCUAUUCUAUUGACGUUCUGGAUCCCGACAUGAUAAUUGGAGGUGAAUGCGUCUACUAUUAUCAUGACAUGAUAGAGGAGAUGCUGAAAUGGGGAUACCAAGAGGGUAAAACUCUAUUUGGAUUUGGAUAUGACUUUCGACAAAGUAAUAGGCUUCAAGAAACGCUUGAUAGAUUUUCUGCGAAACUAGAGUCCAUAUUCACAUUAUCUGGAGGAAGAAAAUUGAAUCUUGUAACUCAUUCCAUGGGUGGCUUAUUGGCAAAAUGCUUUCUAAGUUUGCAUAGUGAUGUUUUUGAGAAAUAUGUUCAAAACUGGAUAGCAAUUGCUGCACCGUUUCAAGGGGCACCCGGAUAUAUUACGACUAGCUUCUUAAAUGGGGCAUCUUUUGUGCAAGGUUGGGAGGAAAAUUUUUUCAUUUCCAAAUUGUCCAUGCAGCAUUUGCUGAUUGAAUGUCCAUCCAUUUACGAAUUAAUGGGAUGUGUCAGCUUUAGCUGGGAGGAUGUUCCACUUUUGCAAAUUUGGAGACGAAGACAUGACAGUUCAGGUCAGGUUCAUGCGUUGCUGGAAUCUUACGAAGCAGAUGAAGUUACAACUAUAAUAAAUGAAGCCCUAUUGAGCAACAAUGUCUCAUGUGAUGGCAUGAAAUUUCCUUUACCCUUCAAUUUAGAGAUUUUGAAGUGGGCUAAUGAAACACGGAAAAUUAUGUCAAGUGCCAAGAUUCCUGAAACAGUUAAUUUUUAUAACAUAUAUGGCAUUAAUAUUGACACACCUCACACUAUCUGCUACGGGAGUGAAAAAGCACCUAUUGCGGAACUAAAAGAACUGAUGUCUGCCCAGCCCAAGCAUAUCUGUGUUAGUGGGGAUGGAACAGUUCCAACUGAGUCAGCCAAAGCUGAUGGAUUUGAUGCGUCGAUCAGAGUUGCAGUUAAUGCCGAACAUCGAGGAAUAGUCUGUGACCAUCAUGUUUUUCGAAUACUGAAGCACUGGUUGAAAGCCGGCGAGCCCGAUCCUUUCUAUAACCCCAUGAAUGAUUAUGUUAUCCUUCCCACAGCUUUUGAUAUUGAGAGGCGAUCAGAGGAGACGAAGAGUGCGACUCUCAAAGAUGAGUGGGAAGUCGUGAACUCAGAUGCGAGUGAUGCUGAUAACAAAGCAGUUGCUCUUCCAACCAUGGUGGAUGCUUUAUCUCGCUCCUUCGAAGUAACGAAGCAGCAGCUGCAGAUGGCAGAAGCCCCAGUUUCUGUUACUAUGAAGCCUCAAAUGGUUGUUGGGGUUGCCAUUAGUGGGUAAUUGUAUUUUAUAAUGUUGUAUAAUAUGUGACCUUAAAAUUAUGCGUAUGAUCUUACUGUUCUUUAUUUGCCAUGUAUGGCACUCUGUAUAUGAUUUAUAUCAUCGAAUCUUGGAAUCAUGGAAAUUCGAAGUUUGAUACUGAACAUUUAUCUUUAAU